AUGCUCGUCUACAAAAAAAGAGAUAUCCCUCCUGACCCAGUCUACCCGGUAGAUCUGGAGAGGCUAGGCUUCUUCGUCAACGACGAAGACAAGAUCCGUCAAAUCGCUAGUCCAGACGAAGGGUUCAAAUUCAAGGUGAAUGCUAACGAGAGAUGGAAUACCGUUCGUCGCAAUGCUUAUCAUGAAUGCAUCCGUCACAUCGUCAUCUCCCGUCUGGAAGAAGUCGGCUUAGCAACCCUCCGUCUCCCCCUCAACAGCCAACCAUCCGACAAACAUGUCCCCAUCCUCGUCUCAAGCAAUCUUCGCACCGCAACGCGCAUCACUCUUAUCCUGGGCAGCCUCGACCAAGAAUUGGGAGUCUGGACAUGGCGCAGCAUUGCUGAACGCGGCAUCAACGCAGGAUCAAUGGUCGAAAUCACCCGGGAAAUCCUCAAAUCCAAAGCAGACAGUAACACCGCAUUGAUUAUUGCAAACCUGGGCCAGCUGGUAUAUCACUGUGGUUCGGAACAGGCGAUGUCUCAGCGGACUUGGUUUGCGCUUCCGGUUGAGACGGCGGCGCAUCCACCGCCGAGACAGACGUGGAGGAAUAUCAUACCGCGGAAUGGCAACUGGAGGGAACAUGUGAAAUGCAUAUUUGAGGAUUUACUAGACCCGGAGAGCGGGAUGGUCAAUCCUGAAGCGAAGAUUGAUAUCAUUGGGGUCGAAGAGGGAGGGUCAGGUGCCGUUGAGUAUUUGGCCGAGAACUGGGCUUUGUGGAAAACUUCCAUCUCGGGCAUCUGCUUCUCCCGUCCGCAGCACCAAAAACACAACCUCACGCUCGACAGCGCAGACGACACCGUCCCUGAAGUAGGCUCCUUUGCGCACUUCAUUUCAACCCGUUCUCGCGCCUACGUCCUAUCCGACAAACCGCUCGAAUGGCCCGUGCCGGGAACGCUGGAGUAUGGCUGCAAUACGUAUUCUGGCAACGAGCCUCUCAACCAUGAAGAUGUCAUUGUCUCUGCGUGGCAAAGUAUGUUGCAAUGGUUGGACAAGAUCUACGCCGACCCGUCAUACGAAGAAGUCCAGUUCGUGAUCGAAGAGACGGUGGAAGAUGACGAGGGCUGGGAGAAGUGGAGGAAGGGGGACGUUGACGCUGUCGAUAAUAUGCGGAAGUUGGCUGUUGUUGAUGCGGAUUCCUAA